UAAAUAUGACCAAGUAUUUGAAACUAUUUAUUCAAUAACUAACAACAUUUAAUUUAUGUCAAACUAUUGUCAAUGGUGCUUUGUGAAAUUAUACAGUGAAUUAGUGCUGGGAUUAUUAAUAUUUUAAUGCUUCAUACAAUUAAAAAAAUGAUUAGUGAUGAAAAUAAUGUUAGUGAUCCCGUGAUUACGAGUAAGAAGAAUAAUAAAAGACCACCAAAGAGAUCUCGACCUCUGUCACGAAAAUUUUCCUGCCGACAAACCCGGAAGAAAAAACGUGACGAGGAAAUCAAGAUAAAUACAUACAUGGUAGAAGAAGAGAUCCAAGUUCCAGAAGUAGAAGAAGAAGAAGACGAGGUUGGAGAUACAAUUAGAGUGAUUGAAGAAAUCAUUGAAUUGGACGAAAAUGAAGAAAUGGAAGUUACACCAGAAAUCCAGGAAUUACAGAUAAAAGAAGAAAAAACAAAUUACAGUGUUGAUGUAUAAAUUGGUAACUCUCGUGGAAUUGAAGUGAGUUUUUUAUCAGCACAAUUUACAGUUGCUCCGUUGCACGUACAAGGUGAUGGACAAGCUCCCGG